UGAAGUCCCAUGACAAAUGAGUAUUUCCAUGGACAGUUCCAGCUGGGGACGAAGCACCAGCUGACUAGGGCCAUCUUGUGUUCAUUCUGCAGACCAACACCUCCUCCCUUAAUGAGUCCCCAAGAGUGAACAGUGGAUUGUGUGAAGUCCGGUGGUUGUGGCUGGAUUUCCUUCUAGAGUUAGGAGGCGCAAUGUAGAGGAAUAUCAAGAAACGCAAAAGUCUCAUACUGUCCCCCAGUGGACUGCAUGAGGACAUGCAAGGCAGAACUCUCACAGGAACCUGCCUCAGACAUAGUCUACUCUUUGGCUAUAUAGCAUUGCACUGUCAGCAUACUGGACUAUUUUUAACCCCAGAACACACGGAGGGCACUGCACUUGAAGGCAUAUGAAUGACAGCAAGGUGUUUUUGUAUGAGUUUCCUGCAGACUCUGUGUUUGGAUUCCAAUAUACUGCUCAAUGAAAUAAAGUGGAAGCGACCAACAAUUUUUGAAAUACUGAUGAAUCAGUAGAAACCUUGGAUAAAGAUGAGCUAUUACAGAAACUUCAAAGCCUCAAAAUUACAUGCUCACUGUGAGAGCUGCUACAGCCGACGCUGUAGAGCUCCUGUUGAGAUCUCCGUCUCGUGUGUGAUCAUCAGCUGUCGUGCGCUUUGUGGGGCGACCUUUCAUCUGUGUAAGGAGGAGGAACACACCCUUUUGUGCCCGAAUGAGAAAGUGCCCUGCCUCAAUGCGCAAUUUGGUUGCCCCUUCCGCAUGUGUCGCUCUAAGCAGGCAAAGCACCUUGAGGUAUGUCCAGCAAGCGUGAUUUGCUGCUCCAUGGAGUGGAACCGCUGGCCACUCGAAGACAUACAGAACGAUUUCUACAUCAAUCUUUUGAAAGACGACAAAGAGGGUGAGGCCCUUGACCUCUCCAUGGCCAUCAGAGACCAGAGGUACCUGUGUAACAGGAUAAAAAUGAAGUCGCUCUUCCCUGAAUUAGUAGAAGAAGACGACGAACCCCUUCCGCCUGAGGAAGAGGAAGGUGCAGUAGGAGGGAAGCCCUACUCAAAUGGAGCUGAAGUUAAUGGAGGAUCGGAUUAUCCCUUUGGUAAGGGCCCCACGCCAGCCACACAGAAAGAAAACAUACAGGAAGAGAAGGUGGCAGCUGCAGAGGAAAGGACUCUCGACAGGGACAAAUAUGACCGGUACGAGAUGAUGUUUAGCAUGGAGAGGGGUGGCUGCAAACAGGCCUCCAUACAAAACCAAGACGACAAAACAGACAGUAAGGGAUCUUCCAAAGAGUCAGAACAAAACGCUGUAGGUGGCUCUGUCGGACAUGCUCCAUGGCAGAGAGGGGUUCUGGAGCGCGUCGGACAAGACAUGACUGCUCAGGAGUACAACAUGUACAUAGUGCAUAACGGUCGCAUGCUGAUUUCUUUUGGCCAAAUGGCUGCUUGCACGCCAAGGGAAAAGGACUUUGUUUAUGGAAACCUUGAACCGAUACCUGUUAUGACACUGUACAACUACAAACCUCCUAUUAGCUACAGGGGCAAACGGAUCCAUAAGAAAGAUUACUCAAAGAUCCCAGACACUGAGCAUAAGUACACUGAUACCUCUGAUCUGGGUCUGUCUGAGGAGGAUAUUCAUGUAACAGAUGAAAUGUAUGCAACCUUGCUGUGCUGUGCGGAGAAAGAGGUUCGCGGGCAUAAAAUCUGCGAGACGGUGGGGAUAGAUGGGAACUUCGUCGACAUAGCGACGCAAACCUACAGCUACCCCACUGCUCCGUUCCAACCUGACACAUCACUGGCCGACAUCACAGCCGACAAAGAGUUGAAACUGUACGUCCAGACCGUAACAGAGAGUAUCACCUCACGUCACGACACGACCAGCUGUACAUUCACCUUUCGAUGUGGCCACCCGUUCAGACGAGAUGAGUACCCCUACCACUACAAAAAUGUGCACGCAGACAUCCAGUUCUCCCUGGAGGGCUGGUUUGAACAGAGGUGCCCUCUGGCUUACCUGGGGUGCACAUACGUCAGAAAGAACAUCUGUCCACUCGCACAAAAAGCCACCAUAUCCUACCACCAGAACCUGAGCACGUUCAGCCUUAAACCGCAGGUGUGUGGGCCAGUCAUAACCACGGGCGAGCCUGGUCCCCCUCAGGCCAAGCAAGCCAAGUACGAAGACUCCCUUGGCAACCUGCCCUAUGAGGUCCUGUGUCACAUUGCCAGUUUUCUAGACUGCUUCACUUUGUCCCAGCUGGCUUUGGUUUCGCAGCUGUUCCGUGACGUCUGUGCUACACAUCUUCAGGAAAGAGGCAUGGUGUCGCUGAAAUGGAGGAAGAAGUCAUAUUCCCAUGGGGGCUCCCGCUGGAAGUGUAGUAAGGUGUGGGAGUUCAGCAAUCUUUUUAGCAAAGUUGACAGGUGGUGCCUUGGCGAUGAGCCCUCAAUGUCAGACCAUCUGAAGGUCUGUCCAUUCUACCAGCGGGAGAUGAAAACAGAGCGGAUUGCCGUAAUGCUGAAAGAUUGGAAGAAGAAUCAAGUUAACUGAUGUUGUUUAACAGGAAAACGUGAUUCAUACUAAUACAGUGGUUCUCAAACUUUUCACAAUGAGUACCACCUCAGAAAACAAUUGACUCUUCAAGUAUCAUUAUUACUGCCAUGAAAGCUUCACUACGUCACUUGUACUGGGCUCAUUGUCACCAACUUUAGUUUCUGCUAGACAUAUUCACCACACUUCUUUUUCUAAUACUUCCCUUUUGGAGCCAUGAUUGCGCGAAUGUUUUUGAUCCAUCAUGUUUGCUUCCUAUUCCUUUGCUUGCCAGCACAGCUUAGCUUGUCAACCAUUUGCUAAUGCGCCAUACAGUUAAACUAGCCUAGUAGGCCUAUUGGCUCCUGUUGGCUGAUAUACAGUAAACAAAUCGAAAGGCCUACUUUUUUCAUGAAAGACAAAAAAUUGUUUAAAUUUAACUUCAGUGAUCGCAUGGUUAAGGUUUUGUUAUUAUAUAUAUUUGGAUAUAAUUUGAAGUGAUUAUGUCAUCGUUAUUAAAACAAAUUGGAGACUCUUGGAGUACCACUAGAAGGAGUCUGCUUCCCACCAGUGGUACUUGUACCACAGUUUUGAGAACCACUGUACUAAUAUUUAAGAGUUUGUGUAUUUGGUUAAGUACUUGGUGAAAAAAAUGUUUUGCAUGAAUCUUAGAUUUGUUGAUGUGGCAGGCCAUUGAGUCUUCUUGGAUGUUUUGUGAUGUUAUUUUGGGUGCACCUGGAUAAACAGACAUUAAUUUGA